CACAGGUUCAAGCUCUUCCCUUUGAUUUUUCUCUAGCCCCAUCAGAUUGAAUCACUCAGGUUUGCUUUGAGUACUAAAAAUGAGCACAUUAGAUGGAACACGAGCCGACCUCGCACUUAUUGUUUUAUACUUGAACAAAACCGAAGCAAGAGAUAAGAUAUGUCGAGCCAUUCAGUAUGGAUCGAAGUUCUUGAGCAAUGGACAGCCAGGCACUGCACAAGAUGUCGACAAAUCAACUAGCUUAGCACGAAAAGUUUUUCGGCUUUUCAAGUUUGUUAAUGAUUUGCAAGCUCUUAUUAGUCCACCUUCUCAAGGAACUCCUCUUCCACUGAUUUUGCUCGGAAAGUCAAAAAACACGUUAUUAUCGACUUUCUUGCUCUUGGAUCAAGUUGUGUGGGCCGGGAGAACAGGAAUAUAUAAGAACAAAGAGCGCACCGAGAAAAUUAGUAGGAUAUCACUUUUCUGUUGGAUGGGAUCUUCUAUAUGCACUUCUAUUAUUGAGUUGGCAGAAGUAAAAAGGUUAUCUUCACAAAUCAAGAAUUUGGAGAAGGAUAUGAAGUUAAAUGACAAGCAAGAACAGAAAAGUGAGCAGUAUCUUAGUAAGAUUAAGCAGUCUAAUGAUCGGCUUCUUUUGCUAAUAAAAUCAUCAAUAGACAUUGUGGUUGCUGUUGGACUUCUUCAACUUGCACCGGAAACUGUCACUCCUCGAGUAACAGGAGCUUUCGGUUUCAUAACUUCACUUAUAUCUUGUUAUCAGUUACUUCCUGCAUCACACAAGGCAAAGAUGCAGUGA